CCAAAGCAUUCAUAGUCAUCUUUUUUGAUGUCGACACGUAUUGAUAUUCUUUGCUCGCAAGUUCAUGUAUCUCGGUAGAAUUUCCAUCUCCUAAAGCAGCUAUCUGUUUCAGGUGUUCUGUGUCGUUUAUAAUGAAGAAUUUGUCGUGUUUGGAUCCAAAGUUUUAAUGUGUUCGUGGGCCAAAUGGCGAAUUAUAUUACAGCGGAUUACUCUCUAAACUAGUUGUCAUUAACCAUUGUAGUUUACGUGCUAGAUGAAAUGCUUAAAAGAACGGAUUUUUGGUACAGUUUGUAGGGUGUGCGUGCAGAUCACUGGAUUGCAUAAGAUGUAUGGAAAGAAAGGGAGUGAGCUAGUCAAAGAACUUGCUGAUGGUGAACCUGGGCAGCUUGCAGCUUACAAUAGUGAUCUGUUUACUCAAGUAACUGAAGAAUGUAAUAGCCAUUUCCUUCAUCUUGAAUCCCUGCUUAGGUCUGGUCCCAUUGAAAGUUCUACUAGCCAACCAUCUGAAGAUGCUGAUUACUAUGGUUCUCUGAUUCAUCUCCGGUCUUUAAUCCGCAAUAAGCGCUGUCUGAUGGCUUAUGUAUACAAUCGAGCAGAAGUUAUUCGUAGUUUAGGAUGGACCCUUGAGCGAGUACUCCCAGAAGAAAUUGAGGAGAAGCUGAGUAGUUCAGAGAAGGAGUAUUUCAAGAAUCAUUCUAAAACUAUACAGGAGUACAUGUCAAAACUUGAUCUUGACUUGGGAGUGGAUAUGGUGCCACCGAAAGAUCCCUACAUCAAAGUGAGGGUCCUCGAGGACAUUGGUACUGUUGUGCUUAGUGAUCAGUUAGCUAACCUAGCUCGGCAUGCUAUUCUGUUUCUUAGAAGAACUGAUGCAGAGCAGUAUAUAGCACAGGGCUUAAUGGAGGAGCUCACAAGUUGAGUGGUGGUGUUUUUUAAUAAUUCAUUGACAUACAGAGAUAUCACUGUUACCAUGACUACAGAGUGUGUGUUUCUAGAGAUUGCUAGUGGCUUCUGUAAUUGAUAGACUGUAUAAAACUGUUUACCUCACAUAAUAGAAACAGGUGAUGAGAUUCUGAAA